CGCUCAAUAAGACGAUAGACAUGGCGACCAAGGGUGUGUGGCAGCUCAAGCAGGUGACGAUCCGCUACUGCCAGCACGGCGGCAGCAGUCGCUACGUGCGCCAGCUGCUCAGCGACGAGCGCUUCGUCAAGUUCGUGGAGGAGAACCCGCAGGUGCAGUUCGAGACGGAGCUCAAGGGCGCGCGCCACCCCGUGCUCAUUGGCGACUACGUCACAAAUGAGCGCAAGGUGUCGGACAUCAAGAACCAGGACAUUCCCUUCAUCCUGAAGCAGCUGGAGCGCCUUCGCAACUCGAGCGGCCGCAAAAUGACGCGCAUCAAGAAGCCGGUCUUCUCCAAGCGCCCGACCAUCCAGGGCAUCUGGCAGCCAGACCUCGACUUCCCGGAGUUCAAGAUCAGCGACCGCACGUAGAUGUCGAUGCUGCUGGACGAGAGGCGUAACGUUUCAGGUGUCAAGCCGAAAGGAAGCUUCGGCGACAAGUGAAACUUGCAAUAGCAGUCACUACACAGAACAAGUGAAGCAUCAAAUAUAUUCUUUCA